AUGUCCUCUUCAAGCGCAGCUGCCGAUGAUGAUUUCGCUAACCGAAACAGCAGUUUCUCUGUUUAUGACCCCAACCGUCUCUCUGGCGAAGGCUCCCCUAUGAUGAUGUCCCCAUGGAACCAAUCCUCUUCGCCUUUUACGAAAUCUUCUUGGUCGAAUUUCAGUGAAACCGCGUCUCAGAAGAUUCCUCUGAAUGGCCUAAUUGGUUCCCUUGUUCGCGAAGAAGGCCAUAUUUAUUCUUUGGCUGCUAAGAAUGACAUUCUUUAUACUGGUUCUGAUAGCAAAAAUAUUCGUGUUUGGAAGAACAUGAAAGAAUUUGCAGCGUUCAAAUCCAACAGUGGCCUUGUUAAGGCAAUUAUUAUAUCGGGGGACAAGAUUUUCACUGGACAUCAAGAUGGCAAAGUUCGAGUUUGGAAGAUUAAUCCCAAGAAUCCAAGCGUCCAUAAACGUGUGGGAACUUUUCCUACCUUCUUCGACAUUUUCAAAGCUUCCAUUAGGCCAAGCAGCUACAUUGAAGUGAAGAGAAACCGAACCUCGCUUUGGAUCAAACACGCCGAUGCUAUUUCUUGCUUGAGCAUCGAUCAAGAAGAAGGGCUUCUGUACUCUGCUUCAUGGGAUAGGACUUUUAAGGUUUGGAGAAUUGGGAAUUCUAAGUGCAUUGAAUCUGUUAAGGCCCACGAUGAUGCGGUAAACUCGGUGGUGGCGAGCGUCGAAGGCACGGUGUACACUGGCUCGGCCGAUGGGACAGUGAAAGUCUGGAAAAGGGAACAAAAAGGUAAGGUCAUAAGGCAUGCCCCGGUGCAGACUCUUCUGAGUCAAGAAUGUGCUGUUACUGCUUUAGCAGAUAACAACUCGGGUUCGGUCGUCUACAGUGGGUCGUCCGAUGGACUUGUGAACUUUUGGGAGCGUGAGAAGAAGCUGUCCCAUGGUGGCGUCCUCAAGGGGCACAAAUUGGCCGUACUCUGCCUUUCUGUGGCUGGGAAUCUUGUGUUCAGUGGGUCAGCUGACAAAACUAUCUGUGUGUGGCGCCGCGAUUCAGCCGUGCACACUUGUCUCUCGGUCUUGACCGGUCACACCGGACCGGUCAAGUGUCUUGCGGUGGAGGAGGACAAGGAAUCGACAAGUGGCGAGCAGAAAUGGGUCGUGUAUAGUGGAAGUCUUGAUAAAUCUGUCAAGGUGUGGAGCGUUUCGGAUAUGACGUUCGAUCCAAAUCAAAUGGCUAUGAUGCACCAAGGCCAAGGGGGUGGCAAUUGGGAUUCAAUACCAUCAGCAAAAUAUUGA